CCCCUCCUGCUGUUGGCUGCGUGAGAAGCAGCGCAGAGAGAGAGAGAGAGAGAGAGAAGCAACAAGAAGGAAGAGCAAUGGCGACACUGGAUCGCCAAAUACCAAGUCCGGAUACCUUCCUUUGCGAGCUUCGGUCUUCUAUCGUCUCUGCGGCUAAAUUACGCUUUGUUGACAAGAUGCACGUCUGCAGCCUGUUUUCCGCGCUGGAGGAUUUUCAUCUUGUUGUCUGCCAUGUCUGCAAUCAGGUGGUCACUCCUCAGGGCGGCCUUGGACACGAUGGUAACUGGGGUGUAGUUUCCCUGUGAGCCAGAGUGUGACAAAGUCCUGGACCGUACCCUCCAUCCCGUCUUGUCCCACUCCUAUAAAGACAUGCAUAGCAAAAACCAGAAGCGUCACGGCUCCCCUGCCCCCUCCAGGAGCCUACCGGUCCCCAUGAAGCCCAAAGCACCUGCCGUGGCUCCAAAUACUGGGGACAUGCUGGCUUUCAGGGUCCCAAAAGAUUACCCACAGUCCCGGUUCAGCAAGGCACCGCUCGCCGUUUACCCACCAAAGGGGGCACGGAACAAGACAUGCGUGUCUCUUCCUGUCGUAAGCCUGGAGAAGAUGCCCUGCCUCAGCAGGGACUCGGCAUCCCACGUGCGUCUCACCCCCUCCUCUUCCUUCCCCCAUUCCCUCAAAGCUUCAUCCCUCACACCACCACUUUCUCAACGUUCCGGUGAAAAGCUGAUGAAUGGUCGCGUUGGCGUUAGCAUUGGCAGUGGGCUGACCACACCACUGUCUGCCACGCCUCCAUCCACUCUAGAUAGGCGGCCCAGUCCGGCACAUUCCCCGCUGGACAGACGACCGUCCUCGACACCUUCCCCUUCCUCACUGGACCGGAAACUCUCUAUGUCGCCAUCACCUUCUCAGCGAUCUGGUGCGCCGUCAUCAUCGCCAGUAGAGAAGAAGCACCAAAAUGGAAAUAAGGGGUUCUCCAGUUCUCACAAAAGACUCUCAGACAGGGUGUUUGAUCCCAACAAACACUGCGGAGUCCAAGACCCCGAGACUUCACGUCCCUGCACGCGGUCUCUCACAUGCAAGACUCACUCCUUAAGUCAACGGCGAGCCGUCCUCGGCCGGAGGAAACAGUUUGACGCACUCCUCGCCGAACACAAAGGGCGGCCGAAAGAGAAGGAUUGUGUUCAGGAGAAGGAAAAAAACAGGGAUGGAGCGAAGGGAGCAAGGGACGGAUGCAGCCAGAAUAGCACUUCACAAGAGAGCGCGAGUCCCAGCAAGCCUCAUUGCCCCAACGGCCGACCCCUGUCGACGCUGAAGCUACGCCUGGCAAACGCACAUAUACCGAGACACAUCCAAACCAGGAUUCCUGGCUUGAUGACAUCCACUUCUAGUCCUCUGCCCCCUGCACCAUCUCCGGCGCUGGCUCUGAACCCCGAGCCGUCCCUCCACAGCAGCGUGACGGUAGCCGGAGAUGGCGGUCGUCUUUCCAGUGACGAUGGAGAAGCAGAGACUCCUGAGGACGGGGACAGACCUGCACUCCACUGCUCCAGUCAUCAUCCUCAGCCUUUAGGGUGUUGCAUUUUCAGCAGCAGGCUCAUGGGGCGGGGCCACUACGUGUUUGACAGACGAUGGGACAGAAUAAGGCUUGCGCUCCAGAACAUGGUGGAGAAACAUCUCAACGCACAGAUGUGGAGGAAGGUGCCUCUGGCUGCUGAGAGCCUCCUUGCCCUCUCCUCCAGUACCUCCUCCACCACUUCACAACAGGCUCUCCCUCUCUCUCCCACCUCCGUCGCCCCUCCUCUCAUAUCCACUCCCUCGAGCCUCUUCACCUACACAGCGACAUUUCCUCAAUCGGCAUCCAUGGCCGGGGUGUUCAACAUCCGAGAUUCCCCACAACCUCUGGCCCCCGUUUCCACGCCGGGCAGAGCCCGUAACGGCCCACAUAAAGCCAGCCGCCAAUCCAAAGAGACAGAGGACUCAUUAGCGGGAUGUAAGAAGAGAAAAAACUCUUCCACCUCCUUUUCUUCUUCCUUGUUUCCGCCUGUGGACAAUCACAAGAGGAACGGGAGCAGUUAUAAUCCAGGUCCAGGGGGGACAGCUGCCAAUCCAGCACAGAAGAAGGGGCUCGGGCGCGGAGGAAGCAGUCUUUGGAGCAGGAGGGAGGACUGGCUAUCCAGAGCUGACGGAUCUCAAAGCCAAAACUCUCACAACAGCCGCGAUCUUGGUACCAUCAGUGUACCCUACUCACUCAACAGAGACCCGGCCUCCACUUUGCAUCAGCCCCCUGCUGGCCCCUCUGGACCCCUGACUUACAGAGGAGGAGCAGAGGGGCGGAAGAGGAGAAGCCCCAGUUCCUACAGAGGGAAGGUCAGCAAGCUCAGCAGGACAGACGGGCUGGAGAGACUCUUUGGGAACGAUAGUGGAGGAUUACUGGCCUCCAGACCUGACUCUCCGAUACAGGUCAAGAUGCAUCAUUAGCGACAACCUGUGUGAUUGGACGGACGUUUGGGCAGCUGUGCAGGCCAUCGCCAUUUGGGACCUUUGACCGUCACCACUCUUCCGCUUCAGCACCAGUCAGACUGCGCCAUCUCAGCAGCGCCGCCCUGUUUAGCCAACGAUAGUUGGGCUCACGCACUGUGACCUUGAGGCGUUGGAGUCUUUGCAGCAGCCUCCUUCACUGGCUCCUCCCACCUCACGUGUCCAACCUUUGGAUCUUUUGAUGGAAACCUACCUGUUCAUCACUGUGGUUAUUUUUUUUCUUCUGUUUCUCUGCCGUAAAUAAAACUUAUCCUCUGAAAAGGGAAUUUGCCUCAAGUUGAGAAAACUUCACGGCAUUGUUCAUAUUACAGCCACCUCACAAUUCGGGAGCAUUUCAUCAGAGUUUAAUUCAGCGUUGUCCAGGCUUUUCUUCCCCAUUUUUUUCCCCUCGUAUUUGCUCAACCGAUAAAGAAAAAAGUCUUUGUUUUUAGGAUUUGAUUGGUGAGAGACCUACUGACACUACUACUGUAGGAUGCAAACCCCCUUCCGUAAUUUUUCCUCUUUCCUCAGCCUCUGAGAUGGAAGACGUAAAAGCAGCCUUUGUUGGUUUUAUCCAGCUUGGAUUUUUUGUUCUUUUCGGCUUCUUCCUCGGCAUCUUUCUUUGCUGUUUCUCACGUCACUGUGGAGUUUUUUCCCCACGUGCUUCCCCUCCGUCUCCACCCAGCAUGGCCAAUUCAAAGUGCACUUACUGUCCUCCCUUCUCUUCGUGUCCAUACUCGUCGACUCCGGAGCGGUUUCCAGCACUGCCACACGGAAUACGUCUGUGUUACUGUCACCUGUCGAAGCUUUUCAGUCUCCAUAGGAAGAAGUUCCCUUUAAGUUGAAGACAGUCCAUGAAUUAUUUUUGUUUUCCUUGUUUAAAUGUUGCAAGAAACACAAAAGUGUGUCUGUUUGUAUGUCAGGACUUGCAUCCAAAAUGGAAUUAUUUCUCUGCUGUUGGAUUUUUAUUUUUAUUACUAUUAUGUUUUUUUUUUUUUUUGUACAAUAAUUUAUCCUUCUCUAAAUGAUAUUUGAUUUCUAACUGACUGCCAUGGUUUGAACAGACAUUUUGAGCAAAAAUUAUUUCUAUGGCAUUUUGAAGAAAUGUUGGAAGUAUUACGAUAGUUCAUAUUGUUAAUGUGUACAUAUGUUAUUUUUGUAUUUAUUAAUAAUUGUCCCCUUAUACUAAUUGUGAGCUAAAAGGAGAGUGUUCUCCCUUCUACAGUUUUUCUUUGUGUAAUAAUAUUGACAUUGGCCUGGUUUCUCAAAAACGCGUUCUUCAGCAAAUUUUCAGCUAAUAUAGUAGGUAGCUUUUAACGUUAGCAUUUAUCUUUGUAGCUAAACUUUAUAACCACUUUUACUUUGUAAAUUACAACUUCCAGAGAAACAGUAAAGGAAAAAUACUAAAAAAAAGAAAAAAUCAGGAAAAACUAAAGGAUAUAUCUCCAUGUUAAAAAAGUAUUUCCCCAUCCUGAUUUUUUAAUGUAUUUAUUUUUGUAAUAAUUUUGUGUAAUUGAAAUAGUUUGAUUUUCAAACCAAAUUUGUAAAAAAAAAAAAAAAAAAGUAGAAUUUUUAUAGGCUAAUUUUAUUUAUUGAAACAAAAUACUUUUCCAACGCAUAUAGAGCAUGUAAGGAGCAAAAGUACCUCAUAAAUGUAACAGCUGGUGUGUCACCGUCAUCACUUUUGACUCAUCUGUCAACAGAAACUUCUUCCAAAUGUUGAGGGUCAUCACGGUGUGUUUGGCAAAAUUGAGACAAGCCUCAAUGUUAGUGAAGUGGUUUUGGUCUCACCACUCUCCUGUGGAUGCCAUUUGUUUGAGAUUAUGGUUCUCACUGUGGUUCCUUCAAGUUCUGGACCUUUAGAAAUUGGUUUCCAGAUUGUAUUUCACCCACCUUCUUCCUCUUCUUUUAAUUUUGACCUUGGCAUUGUGUGGUACUGUGACUGAUGGCUUUUAGCUGACUUUACACUGUGGACAGUUCUAGGUAAGUGUUUAUUUGAUUGAACACUUCACUCCAGGUGAUCCCAGUUAUCAAUACAGUUUGAUAGAUUGGUGGAUUUAGCAACUCAUAAAUAGUUUUUCUAACAUUGAAUAACUUUAAUUCCAUAAAAAUUUACAAAAGGAUGUUUGUUUAGUUAUGUUACUUUUGUGUUAAAUUUGUGGUAGUUUGAGUAGCCAAAAUAAUUUAAAAUGUGACAUACACCAAAAACUAGCAGGUCAGGGGGUUUUAAACCUUGGCUCAGUGCUGUAUUUGAUUUACAUGCAGCAGUUUAAAAUGUGAAACUUAUUUGAUUGUCAGUCUUACCUUAGCCACUCAGUCACUGCUGAGACUAAAAGCCUCUGGGGUCAUUUCUGGGUGUGUGGUCAGAGGUUCCAUUUUGUUCUCAACAAAAUGUCAUAAGCUGCUUUUAUGAGAUCUUUUGCUCUUUAGAUUUUACCCACAUCCUGUAGCAUAUGAAGAUGUAGGUCUUUAACAGACAGUGCUGAGUUGUAUUACUAUACCAGUGAUGAUUCAUGUAUGUCACAACACCACAUGAAUCUGAAGCCAGCUAAUGAACAGUUGUUUGUGAAACCAGGCCCUGGUUAGUGUUUUUUGUUUUUUUUUUUUGUUUUUUUUAAAGAAAGGGCCCCACAUUCCUCUUUGCUUGUGGUUCCACCCUUUUUUCAUUCUAAUGUUCAGAACUAUAUAUAUUUUUUUAAACUCUUCUCUAAUUGCAGCUGUGUUUGUAAAGUCAGGCCUGGGUCAAAAGGCUCAAAUCUGAUGCUGUGGAGGUUGUAACGAAGCUCUGGGAUACUUCAGUGUGUUAGUCAGUGAUUCCUUUUUUUUUGUAGACAUUACCCAACUUCAUCGUACAACUAUGCUAGACAUCAUGGUGUAUUUGCAUAAUCAUGGGAGAUUAAAGAAAAAAAUUGCUAGUCACAGUUCGCAUUAGAGCCCGACUGAUAUAUCGGUUGACCUAUAUUAUCGGCCGAUUUUGAGCGUUUCACAAACAUAUCAGUAUCAGAGUUAUCUUUGCCAAUAUGACAACUUGUAUUUUACCAAGUAAACAAUGCAGAAAAACACUUUGGCUCUUGGAAAUGGUGUCAUUGCAUAGUCUGUCCAGCAGAGGGUACUCUAAGGGCAUUACUAACAAUGCUGUCAGCCAUGGUUAGAACCCCCAUCACCCCAUGGUCACAUUAGCUACAAGACAGGGGCAAAGCAACCAGCUGCCAUUCAUCUUCAAUUAGGGGCCGUUUUACAGCUACAAUAGACAAAUGGUCACCAGCUAGGCAGGGCCAUAAUAGACGGGAACUCUAUUUUUCUACAAAUGCUGAGUCAUGCGAAACCAUGACUGCCAAACCAGGCAAAGGCAGCAUGACAUAAAUUGGUUGGUUGUUGGUUAUACUUAUAAUAAAGUUCAUGUUUAAACUGUAAAAUUCAAGUCUCAAAUACAUUUCUUUGUCAUAAGGGUUUGAUCACAAAAUGUUAGGAGUCAUUGCCAUUUUUAUGUAUAUAUUGGCAGACAUAUCGCUAUUGUAGUUUUUUUUUAGCCCCCAAAUAGCCAUAUCGGUCGGGCUGUAGUUAGCAUUAGCAUAUGCAUUCACGCCAACCUAGUCUUGAUCGUCCAGUCUCUCUUUCUAACCUCCAGCUUCUAAAAAGAGGUUCUGGAUCCAAGCACAUUUUUAGAUUGUGAAAUGAUGAUGGAACCAAUAAGUUUUUAAUUAGCUCAUCGGGCAAGAAGCAAUUUUGUGUUUUAAGAUUGCCCUGUGCCAUUACAUUAAUUAACAAGUUGGUUCAUGACAGUGUUUGGUUCAAAAUCGAUAUUGACCUAUUUUUUUUAUUAUUAUUUUAUUUUUUUAAGUAAAAAAGAUGACCCCGAAUGUAAAAAUAGUCCAGGUUGAAAAAUACAGAACUUCCACUUUAAACUGGUGAAGCUUUACACAAACCUUGUAAAUUGCACGAUUGUAUAUUAAAAUGGCUGUGAAGUGACCGCUAUACUGGUUUAAACAAAAACAAAUGUUGAAACCCCCUAAAAACAUGAAAGUACACUGUUGUUUGAUGGAGUUUAAAGUAAAUGAGAGCAUUUUGAUUUGCCUGAUUGAAGCAGCGGGACGCUAUGAACAGAAGUCCCACCUGGUACUGAACUGCUUCAGGAUUCACAUCUGUUAUUUUAUUUUAUUUUUUGUCUCAAAGGCAUCUAAGUACUAAUGAUAAGUGAAUUGUACAUAAUCAUAUAUUUUUAUUAAUGCUUUUCCAAGUGCUCAAAGUGCUUCCCAUGAUGACGCUUUUCCGUGUGGAUUUCCGCGUGAGGCCACUGCGUGAAGCUGCCAAGUUCAGCUUGUUGGUCUGAAUUUUUCUGUGGAUACAUGUUGCGUAUUUUGGUACUCCUAGCAUACACUGAUUGACAUGCUUAUGUGCAGUGUGGACACAGCUAAGCUAAAAAUUAGCUUCAGUAGCUGCUAAUCCGCUAACUGAAACAUUAACUGUGAUAACCAAUAAAUCUUUUGUGCAUUGAGCAAGACGUUUUGGCAUGCCAACAUCAGAUGAUGAUCAAGAUGUACAUAAAUAAGUACAUUAACAAAUAAAAUUAGUUUACGUUUAACAUACACUGUUCACAGUCCAGAAAGUAUUAAAAUAAGAAAUAUUAAAUUCAAAUAAAAAUUCACAUG